AUGUCAGUAUCGGCCAUGCAAGGACUGCACAGGAUACGACCCGCUCUGGCGACCAGACGUCUCGUAUGCAGAGGCUUUGCCACGACGGCCAGACGACGGGAUGAUUACGCCUUUAUCGGACUGGGACAGAUGGGCUACCAGAUGGCCAGGAAUCUACAGUCUAAGCUACCACCCACAGACACCCUGACGAUAUUCGACGUGAACAAGGACGCCAUGAGCCGUCUCGAGGCGGAUACCCAGGCUUCUGAAUCGGGGGGGGCAGAACUGCAGUUGGCGGGGAAUGUGUCUGAUGCGUUCAAGGAAGCGUCCACAGUGAUCAGCUGUCUCCCCGAACCGCAGCACGUACGGGCCGUGUACGAAUCGAUAGUGGAGGAAGGUGCGGCAGCAUCGUCCGACCGCGUCGUGAUAGACUGCUCGACCAUCGACCCUUCCACGUCUCGCUCGGUGGCCAGGUUGGUAUCCGCUGCUGGGCAGGGUACAUUCGUCGACGCGCCCAUGUCGGGCGGUGUGGUGGGUGCCACGGCCGGGACUCUGACGUUUAUGCUGGGAAUGCCCAAGACUGCAGGUACGUCAACAGCCUCGGCAGAGACGACCACGAGAGGGGCAGACAGCACGGCAGAGACAAGCACGGCAGAGACAGGCACAGCAGAGGCGGGGGUAGGACCGGCAGCGGUGGCAGCGGCGGCAGCAGCUAGUCUGACGGAUCACGUGGUGGCCACCCUCCUCCUCAUGGGAAGCAGGGUCCUCCACUGCGGCGCGCAGGGGACGGGACUCUCGGCCAAGCUGGCCAACAACUACCUCCUGGCCGUGAACAACAUCGCCACGGCCGAGGCCAUGAACCUAGGCGUGAGGUGGGGUCUCGACCCGGCCACGCUGGCCGGCGUCAUCAACGCCAGCACGGGCCGCUGCUGGCCCAGCGAGGUGAACAACCCCGUCGGCGGGGUGGUCGGGGGCUCCCCGGCGUCCAGGGACUACGCGGGCGGGUUCGGCCUCUCGCUCAUGCGCAAGGACCUGAGGUUGGCCGUCGCCGCCGCCGAGGAGGCCGGGGCCAGGAUGGUGCUGGCCGACGCGGCCGGUCGGGUGUAUGCCGAGGCGGAGGAGGACCAGAGGUGCGCCGGGAGGGACUUUUCCGUCGUGUACAGGUAUCUGGGGGGGAGGGAAUAG